AUGGACCCCUCCCCCCUCCCAUCCCACCUCUCCAAACUCCUCUCCCUCUCCCCGCCCCAAUCAACACACCCGCCCUCCACCCUCACGGGACCCCUGACAUCCCACACCGGCCUCGCCUACCUCUUCCUCGCCGUCUCGGCCGACCACCCGCGCCUGCAGGUCCACUCCUACCCGGCCAUCCACUGGGCCCGCGCCUACAUCUCCAACAUCCCGACGCCGUCCGCGCCGAUAGUCCCGUCUUCAACACCGCCAAACGAGACGAACCACGCCGCAAAAGACCACCCCGUCCUAGGCCUCCUCUCCGACGCCCUCGCAAGCCCGGCUGUCCGCGCCUGCAUCACAAGAGACCUCGCCCACGUGCGCUUCUUUCUCUCCCUCCUAGCCCCCGUGGUGGAAUACAUCCUCUCUCUACAAACAACCAACACAACGUCCUCGGCAAUGGACCUCGACGCACAACCAUCACCGCCGCAACCGCUCCCGACAUGCCUCCUCCACGGCCUCGCAGGAACGCUCUACCUCCUCCGUCUCAUCCGCCACUGGGUCCCCUCCUCGGCGCCCCUCGUCUCCCGCGCAAUCGUCCACGUGUCAGAGUACCUCCUCUCUCCGUCAACGACCUGGACGUGCCCGUCCCACUCGCCCUCCCACCACGCUCCACCCUCCCCUCUAUCAGAGCGCCUCUCGCCCACGGACCGCCACGGCGCGGCCCACGGCGACCUGGGCACAAUCACCCAGAUCAUCCUCACAUCCCCGCCUCUAGCACCCGCCCUGACACCCCGCCUCUCUGCCCUGCUAGACCUUCAGCUCCCCAGCGGCGACUGGCCUUCCUCACAGCCCCAAACCGCCCCGGCAGGACCAACACCGACAGAACACCACGACCACUCCUCAGAACCACCCGCAAAGACCUCCGCAGGAGGCAUCGGCUUCGCCUCCGGCCCGCAGGGCCUCAUCAUCUCCCUCAUCUCCCUGCGCCCCUUCUUCCCGGCGCUGCAGGACCGCAUUGACGCGACCAUCAGCGCCGCGCGCGACUUCCUCUGGGCGCAGGCGCAGGAGCCCGGACCAGCGAGGGAGCCGAACCUCUUCCACGGGGCGCUGGGCACCGCGUUGACCUUCCCAAAGGGGCCCCAACGAGCCCAUCUCCUCUCUCUCGCCUCCGCCUCCCCGCCGGAAAGACAGCCCUCCCCCUCCGCCACCGCCGCCGCAAGCACCGCACCAGCAGCGGCGCCGACACCAGGCUCCCUGAUGACGGCCCCCGCGCCGGGCUCCGCGUGGGCCCACUCCGUCUGCGAGAGGGAGAUGCCGCGGAUGAUCUUUUACAACGACGUCUGA